AUGGAUUACAGUACGAGAUCGGCUCCGGACCCCGUACAUGUGGACCGGAAAUUGUUGUACACAAGCUUGGAAGAGCGAAUCAAAUACCUCCAUAGCUUCCUCGACUUCAACUCCAGCGAUAUCGAAGCACUGUUGACCGGCAACAAAUACAUCAAGCAAUUGAUCCCGGCAGUGGUCAACCUGGUAUAUAAGAAGCUUCUCCAAUACGACAUCACAUCUCGGGCCUUCCACACACGAACAACAGUCGACGAGACCGAACCCGAGGAGGAAUAUCUCUCUGAAGAGGCACCAAAAAUCAAGCGACGCAAGAUGUUCCUGCGGUGGUACCUGACGCGGCUAUGCCAGGACCCGACCACAAUGGACUUUUGGCGGUACCUGGACAAGGUUGGCGGAGUAGCACGCAGGACACCAUUGAACAUCGAGUACAUUCACCUCGGCGUAUGUCUGGGCUACAUCCAAGACAUCUGGAUCGAAGCGAUGCUGUCGCACCCGCACCUAUCGCUGCGACGCAAGAUCGCUCUCGUGCGCGCCGUCAACAAGAUCCUCUGGAUCCAGAACGAUCUCUUCGCUCGAUACCACUCGAGCGACGGCGAGGAGUUCAUGGACGAGAUGUCUGCGUUCAACUACGGCGAGGAUGAGGAGGGUUACCUCGGCGAUAAGCGCAUUCUUGGCAGCAGCUCCGGUAGCUCGACCGAGGAUGACAGGUCCAGUAUCUCGAGUGGUGUGGCGCCUUCGAUAAACAGUGUGGCGCCUUCGAUAAACAGUGUGGCGCCUUCGAUCAAUAGUGUGGCGCCCUCGAUAAAUGCACCAGGAAGCGCGUCAACGCCAUCCAAGGUGUCGGCGUGUCCUUUCGCGGAAAUGAGCAAAAACAGCACUUCGUCCGAGACGAAGAUUUGGGCCAAUUGA